CUCGACCAUCUGCCUCGUGGUCUGCUACACUACACCAUCAUCGUAGGGAGGGGAUCGAGAGCAUGGUGCUCGCUCGCUUCCUCGCCGUCGUCCUCGCCGGCGCCGCCGCACUGCCGCUGCUCCUUUUCUCCUGUGCAGCAGAGGCGGGCGGUGAGGUUGGCGUGAGCUACGGGAGGGUGGCGAGCGACCUGCCGCCGGACCAGGCGUCGGUGGUGGACCUGCUCAGGCGGAACGGCAUCACCAAGGUCAGGAUCUACGACGCCGACCCCGGCGUGCUCAAGUCGCUGGCCAACACCGGCAUCAGGGUCAUGGUGAUGCUGCCCAACGAUAACCUGGCCCAGGCGGCCAGGGACCCGUCCUACGCGCCCUGGUGGGUGCGGAGCAACGUCAAGGCGUACUACCCAGCCACGCUGAUCGACGGCGUCGCCGUGGGGAACGAGGUGUUCGACGCGAGGCCCGACCUCAACUCGGACCUCGUCCGGGCCAUGACCAACGUGCAGUCGGCGCUGGCGCAGCAAGGCCUGGACGGCGCCAUCAAGGUGUCCACGCCGAUCGCGCUCGACGCGCUCGAGGUGUCGUGGCCGCCGUCGAAGGGCAGGUUCAAGGGCGAGAUCGCGGAGCGGGUGAUGAAGCCAAUGCUCGACUUCCUGCAGCGGACGGGCUCCUACCUCUCCGUCAAUCUGUUCCCGUGCCUGACGUACAUGCGCCAGCCUGACAUGAACCGCGACUUCGCCCUGGGCAACUCCAAAGCCCCCGGCUAUCGCGACGACGCCACCGGCCUCGAGUACCACAGCCUCCUAGACGCCCAGCUCGACGCCACCUACUUCGCCAUGGAGAAGCUGGGGUUCCCCCAGCUGAGAGUGCGCCACACGGAGCACGGGUGCGCGUCGGGCGGCGGACUCAGACCCGGCCACGGUGGGAGGCGCCUGGAGGACGGGGACGACGGCGGAGGCGCGGCUCCCUCGGUAGCCAACGCCCAGGCGUACAUCAACAACCUCAUGGACCGCGUGGCGUCCGGCAGGACGGGGACGCCGCACCGCCCGGACGCGGACAUGGACGUCUACAUCUUCGCCCUCUUCAACGAGAACAAGAAGGGCGACGGGCCGGACGACAUCGAGGCGCACUACGGCCUGUUCUACCCCAACAUGCAGAAGGUGUACGACUUCCAGUUCCCCGGCGCAGCGGCGGCGAGCUGGUGCGUGGCGAACGCGGCGGUCGGCGACGCGCGGCUGCAGGCGGCGCUGGACUACGCGUGCGGGCACGGCGCGGACUGCGGCGCCAUCCAGCCCGGGGCGGCGUGCUUCGAGCCCAACACCAAGCUCGCGCAUGCCUCGUACGCGUUCAACAGCUACUACCAGCGCAGCGGCCGGGCCAGCGGGGCGUGUGACUUCGCCGGUGCGGCUUACGUCGUCAACCAGGCGCCAUCAGGCACCUGCAGCGCGACGGCGGCGAGCUGGUGCGUGGCGAACACGGCGGUCGGCGAUGCGCGGCUGCAGGCGGCGCUGGACUGGGCGUGCGGGAACGGCGCCGACUGCAGCGCCAUCCAGCCCGGCGCGACGUGCUUCCAGCCGGACACCAAGGCCGCCCACGCCUCGUACGCCUUCAACAGCUACUACCAGCGCAAGGGCCGCGCCGCCGGGACCUGCGACUUCGCCGGCGCCGCCUCCGUCGUCUACCAGGCGCCAAAGAUCGGAAACUGCGUGCUCCCGUCUAGGGCCUGAACUGAACAGCAACAGUGAAGUCUGAAUCAUACAUGCUACCAUCCCAGUAUACGGGAUGUGGGGAUAAAGGCAUAAAGCCACUGUGAAGAAGGGUCCAGUUCCACCUUCUUGUUCUACUGCGGAACUGGAAAAUAAACAUGGCACAUGUAAAUUUGUUUUCUGUGCUAGCAAUAAUGCAUCUAUAAAAAUUCGGUGGCCACAAGCAAAGCA